GUGCUGAUUGGCUCUCAUCUCUGUCACUCCCUUUCGGCCUAGUGGCGCGCGGCGCGGUAGCGCUGGGCAGGAGCGUGAGAGGAGGCGGUAGCGGCGGAAGUGGCCGGCGAUCCCGGUCCCCGCCGACACCAUGCUCCCCCUGUCCUUGCUGAAGACGGCUCAGAACCACCCCAUGCUGGUGGAGCUCAAAAAUGGGGAGACAUACAACGGGCACCUGGUGAGCUGUGACAACUGGAUGAACAUUAACCUGCGUGAGGUCAUCUGCACGUCCAGGGACGGGGACAAGUUCUGGCGGAUGCCCGAGUGUUACAUCCGCGGCAGCACCAUCAAGUACCUGCGCAUUCCUGACGAGAUCAUUGACAUGGUCAAGGAGGAGGUGGUGGCCAAGGGCCGCGGCCGUGGUGGCCUGCAGCAGCAGAAGCAGCAGAAGGGCCGUGGCAUGGGGGGCGCUGGGCGAGGUGUGUUUGGCGGCCGGGGCCGAGGAGGGAUUCCAGGCACGGGCAGAGGCCAGCCAGAGAAGAAGCCAGGCAGACAGGCGGGCAAGCAGUGAGUCCUCCCCAGAGACCGAGCCGCGCCUCCCUCCCGCCCGCUUCAUGGGUCUCCUCCAGUUCAUGGAUGUGUCCUGAGAGAAAAGAAGCAGCAGGUGGGGGGAGGACCCCCCUCACACACACUGCAUUUUGUGAUUCUCCACUUUAGGUGAAGUUUCUUUUUUUUUAACCAGCAGUUCUACAGUUGGGAAUGUCCUUUGGGUGUUUUUGGUUUUGUGAAGUCACCAUCUCAGCAGCCAGCUUGAUCCUGGAAGAUUCUGUGUAUUUAAGGCAGCUUUGAAGCCCUCGCUCUUGUUUUAAGGACAUUUUCCAAACAGAUUUGUUUUGCAUUUAGCACUGCAGCCUCUCGUGGCAGUGAAGAGACAGGAGGUUUUUAUUUCCAGCCGUUCCUGCUUAGAUUGACAGACUUCAGAGUUUCCUUAAACGAGGCCCCAAAAUUGCCUUUUAAAACAAAUGCAGACGAAUGACGUAUGCCUUAGAACCUGUUCAGGGAUGUUGCUGGGCCCUGCCUCUCCGUUUCCUCUCUGUGUUACAAAAAUAAAAUGGAUCCAACUACA